UACAGGAGAGGUGAGUUCCGAGGAGGUGAGGCGCCUUUGGGCUGCAACUGCUGCCGCUUCUCUAAGGAGGAAGCCCUCUCGAUCACUCUGGCUGACGAGGGGAAUCCAGCACGAACGUAAGACUCCAAAAGGGGUUUUUCCAGCUCGUGGCGUGUUUCAGUUUUGGUAUUUCGCGCAUCACUUAACUGCACUCCAGCAGACCUUAGACGCACCUUCGCGGUGUUUUAUCUGUUCGUUGAUUCGGUUUUAAAAAAACCAUGGCUUCCGACGAACUGGCAUCCAAACUUUCCCGGCGCCUGAACAUCGAGGACGGCGUGGAGCACCCGGUGGCCGUGGGCUGUGGCCAUGAGGACGGAGGGGAUGAGAAGCCCACCACGGCGAACGCCGACUCGGAACUGGGGGCCAAACUGCUCCGGCGCGGGGAGCUGAACGAAGGGAUCGGGGAGCACCAGCAGCCCAGCAGCAAGGUGUUCAACCCUUACACCGAGUUCAAGGAGUUCUCAAGGAAACAGAUCAAAGACAUGGAGAAAAUGUUCAAGCAGUAUGAUGCGGGGAAGGAUGGCUUCAUUGACCUCAUGGAGCUGAAGCUGAUGAUGGAAAAGCUAGGGGCUCCACAGACCCACCUGGGCCUCAAGAACAUGAUCAAGGAAGUAGAUGAGGACCUGGACAACAAGCUCAACUUCAAGGAGUUCCUGUUAAUCUUCCGGAAAGCUGCAGCAGGAGAGCUUCCGGAGGACAGCGGGCUGCACGCCCUGGCCCGGCUGUCUGAGAUCGACGUGUCCACGGAGGGAGUGAAGGGAGCCAAGACCUUCUUCGAGGCCAAAGUUAAGGCCAUCAAUGAGUCCAGCAAGUUUGAGGCCGAGAUCCGGCAAGAACAGGAGGAGAAGAAGAAGCAGGCAGAGGACAAGAAGCAGAGGCAAGCUGCUUUCAAGGAGCUCAAGUCGGCCUUCAAAUGAGGGGCCAGCCUCUCCUCCAUCGCUGGGCCUCCCCCAUGCGCCCCCCCCCCCACACCUGAUUCUCUGGGGCCCUGCUGUGACCCAACAUCCACAGUUCCAAAGUAUUUCUGUAUGAAUAAAAACAAACUGCUUUGUCGUCCCACUGCUAGCCUGGUCUCUGCAUGCCCCCUGGUGGUGGUGGUGGUGAUGACUUUGUUUCCCCACUUCCUGUUUGUGUUCCGUAACCAAAUCUCAGCUCCUGCAGCUGCUUCAGCUGCCUUCAGUCAGACUACUCAUAUCAGGAUGCACUCCAGGGAAGUCCAGCGUAUCUGCCAGCUUGUGAGGCAGGGGCACGCGGCCGUAGCUGCACAGACCUCCACAAUGCUCCAUGGGGAGUGUUGGCACGUGUUGUUCGUAAAAAUAUACUGUAGACUUGUUUACAAUAUGUAAAUCACCAAUGCAAAUGCCCUGAAGCUGUGCUGUGCCCAAUUCCAUCUCUGUUCCUCUGCCUGUUAAGGGUUUGUUUUUGUUGGCUUUUGGUCUGAUGCUGGUGUUAUAACUUCCUGCGUUUACCCACACUGGCGCCAUUUUCCUUUCAGCCCGGGUGAUCUCUACUCCCUAUGCACUAUUCUCACCGACUGCCUGACACUUGCUAAUGAACCACAUUUCAGCAGUCCCUCAGUGGUGGGGUUACCUUCCCUCCCUCGCAGGGGGCGUAUUUUCAGAUCCUGCUCCAACUUUGACUGUAACGUUUCUAUAGUAUUUUCUCAUUUAUUGUAAUUAGCAUCAAGCAUGUUCUUCACUGCUCGAUAUCGGUUUGGAUGUAAAAUGCCUCUGUAGUUGCCUACAGAAGUGCUGGCCACUGAUUGUUUCUUUGUGUGAGGGCAUUUCCUUUGAAAAUUAUCUUUGUUAUAUAGCUUGUUAUUGAGUACGUCACUUUCAGCAUCGAAAUCCUUGGUGUUAUUUUGCUGGGUUUAAGCAAAGCAGUCGCUUUUAAAAUACAAUAACAGACUUCACCUUGAGCCUUAAACACUGAGGAUUCCUAUUGAGCCAUCGGGUAACCAAAUGAUAUCAAGCAAGUAAUGGGCCAUUGACAGAACGGAGUGAAAAAUAACAUGAACUGUAACACCUGUUAAACUUUGAUUAAAUAAAACUAUUUUUUCACUAGAAUAAAAAAAUAGUUUUUUUAGAGUGUCUGCUUCUAUAUGUCCUGUUUUUUUCCUGCAUGUCUUUCUGCAUGUACCUGUAAAUGUCCUAAUUGAGAUUAUUAUGUAAUACUGCUGACUAUGACAGAGUGACUCCAUCCUAUCUUGUGGAGAUGUGAAGUUUAAUGUCAUGGUCAGACUUGGAAAUGAGCUGCAUAACUUUACAUGCCAUACAGUGGAGUCAGAGCCAAUAUGAUGGUAGGGAAAAUGUGUUAUGUCUAAUUGAGAACACAACUAUGCCAUGUCACAGAGGAUAUUAAACAAUACACUGAGCUAAUGUUUCUGGGUUUAAAUGUUCUGAUGGCUGGUCACCAGGGUAUAACAAUGCUUCCCUUGUUGUAAUAAUUGUGAUUCUAGUUUAUUGUUAAUGUGUGUCCAUUGCUACACUGAAAAACUGUGCCAAAUUUACGGGGGAGUGUAUCUCUGGAUUAAGAGGAAUUGAAUGGGGAAAUUCAUAGACACAAACAUGGGGGGGAUAAGUAGGGAGUUUUGGGGGCUUACACUGCAUGUAUAAACUCUUCAUUUCUUGACAUCUCAUGUUACCCUCCGUGAAGAUGUAGUCAAAGUGAAAAGCAUGGAUAAUACUUGUUAUACCAUACUGUAUAUGUCAAAUACUGAAAUGAUAUUUGCCACAGGGCUUGGUAACCUCAAUGGAUGCCCUCUCUGGUGACUAAAUGAUGAACCUUCACACCGCACAUUUUGACUUUAAAAAGUACGUUUUGCUUGGUUUUAUAAAUUAAUUGGAUGUUAUUGUGUGUUU